CGUAAACUUGUUUGUACUCAUUGUAGAGCGGGUUCGUUGUAGAGCGUGCGUGUGUGUGCGUAUACGUGCGUGCCUGAGUGUGCGUGCGUGCGUGCGUGUGUGCGCGUGCGUGCGUGCGUGUGUGCGCGCAUGCGGGCGUGCCCAUAUGUACGCGCGCGUGUGUGUGUAUGUGUGCGUAUACAUGCGUGCCUGUGUGUGCGUACGUGCGUGCGUAUGCGAAAUCGCGUUUUGUAAAAAUUAUAUAUUUAAAAAAGAGAGGACAUACUCAGGAAUAACUUUAUAUGAAAAAUCUGGAUCCCAUUAGUUCCCUCAAUAAUUUUGUUAGGAGCCUAGCUAGCUAAUAUUUUUAACAUCCUGAUUCCACGCAACGCAUAGUGAAAUUAUGUACACAUUUCUUUGCCGUUUGUCGGCACUGGUGCCUAAAGUUAUCCGUACAUCAGACUCAUAAAAACUGCUGUCCACUUUUAUUUUCAAUUUCACAAGUUGCACUUACAAGUGUACAGUCGUAAGUAAAGUUGACACGACAAGUCGCCAACGGAAAAAUCCAACUCGUGCAUUGCAUAUAUUUAGCACUAUAUAGUUGUUGCUUCUUGAACGGAGUACGUAUGUGAUAGGGUAGGUAUAUAUGUACUAACGAUUGCAGCAGCUAUCACGCGCCCUUUGCACGUAGGUAUUUACAUUGUAAGCAAUGGCGUUGAUAAACAGGUACGUAGAUAAAUUCAUUCCACUUGAUAUUACCCAGCCAUUGAACUACUGGUCUGAAAGUACCAGUUGGUCUGUAAGUAGUGUGCGUGAGUGGAGUGAAACUAACAGCAUAGAUAUAGUGAAAUAGAAUGAGCGGGUAGAGGACACAGAUAGGAAGAGAGCGAGUAUAUUGUGGAAAAAAGUUAGAGAUAAAAAGAGGGUGUAGAAAGGAGAGAGAGCGAGCGAGAGCCAAUAAGAGAAUAGCAGUCGCUAAUGGUCUGAGUGUCAUGCUGCGCUCGUAGCCGUUUUCCGAGUCAACACGUCACGCUAUAACGAGGUAAUAAAGACACAAGUUCCUGGUGCAAAGUACGGUAGAAGUUUAGUUAACUUUGUGAUGAGAAGUGACGCCAAUGCAACUGCACACACCUAUACAUGGCAAUAUGCGGUCAUUCUUCAGAAUGAUACGAGCGAACCGGAGAGCGGUGUGCUUAUUCAUACUAGUAACAUUCGCGGCAGUUUCGCUGAUUAUACAAGAAGUACCGACAUUUAUUGACGGUGUCUACCACAUCGCCAGCAACGAGAAACGAGAUUUGUAUCUAGUGAUUCGCGGUGAUCUUACUAAGCCGGAUCCUAGGAUUGCCUCUGUGCCACAACGUUUGGUCGCCUGCUCAUAUACUGACCAUCAUGGGUUUACAGAUACACGCGAAGACGGCGGCAGGAACGUAACGGUGAGCGCUCGCACCCAAAGAAACAACAAUAACAAUAACGAAGAAAUCGAUACUGAAACAGUUUUAUAUUCUGGAAACAUCGCAGAUAGUAAAAGAGUUGAGAAAACUUUACCAUCUACUAAAAUAAAUAGCAAACUGAUUGGAGAGACUUAUCCCAUACCGUCUACGAAAGUAAUUGAUAAAGAAGUGAAAACUCUAUCAACUGCCAAAGUCACCAAUACACAGAUUAAGGUAAUUCUACCAUCUACUGAAGUAACUAAUAAAGGGGUAGAGAAAACUCUGCCUACUUUAAAGGUAACUAAUAAAGAGGUGGAGAAAACUCUGCCUACUUCUAAAGUACCGGUAAUUAAUAAAGAAGUGGAGAAAACUACUACCUUGCCUACUACUAAAGUAACUAAGAAACAGGUGCAGAAUACUAUUACCUUGCAUGCUGCUAAAGUUACCGUUAAGCAAGUUGAAAAAAUUCUAGAACCUAAGAAAAUCACUGUUAAAGACGCUGAGAAAACGCUCUCGUCUACGAAAGUAACUGAUAAACAGGAUGAGAAAACUCUACCAUCUACUAAAGCCCCCGAUAAACGGGUUGUAAAAACUUUACUAUCAACUCCAUCGACUAAAACUACUGGCGUCACGCUGACCACAAAGACGUUGCCAACGAUACGGAAAAACAAUGACUGUACAUCAAACAUGGCGCCCCCUGCACGCCCCACAGACACGCAGACAUGGCAGCGGGUCGCGGAUAGAGACAUGCUCGUCUUCUCCGCUUUUCUCGACGACAGGGAGCGCACACCGCUUAUAAGAAUGAUUGGUGUAGCGAAUGCUUCUAACAUCGAGGUUGUGUAUUGCCAGGUGUGGCCGGACAACGCCACAGUGCCACUCGUCGUACAGGCGACGUUUGUCGCACUGCCGGAGAUACACAAUCACGUCUAUGGUGGCUACUUCAUCGUGUGUAACGUCUCGGGGACAUCUCGUCCCGUCGCCGUGUCGGUGACCGCAGAAAGAUGCGACGCAAGUCCCGCUAAUGUUUUGCUAGUCCACCACCAGGUGUCGCAGCGGAAACGAGGAGAGUUCGGCGUCUGUGUACCGGCGUUCAUCAAGAACUUUAACGACGUCGCCGCUCUGCUGGAAUUCGUCGAAAUGCAUCGGAUCCUCGGAGCCGACAAGAUCACUAUGUACAACAGCAGCAUCCACGGCGACGUUGACGCCAUCUUACGGCGCCUUCAGAACGACGGCAUCGUCGAGGUGAUACAGUGGAAGAUCAGCACGAAGGAGACGGGCGACGUCGGCGUGACGACGAGACACGGCACGCCCGUAGACGUGCAUUACGCUGCGCAGCUCGCUUGCAUACAGGACUGCCUCUAUCGCAACAUGCACGCGUACGAAUUCGUCGCAUUUCUCGACCUCGACGAGACGAUCACGCCGCACAAGCAUCGCACCUGGAGGCAAAUGCUGCGCUACCUGGAGGAAAAUCGCGCUUCCAGUAACGGUACUUCCGGCGGCGGCGGCGGCUCCGACGGGAAGUCGUACGCUGCUUACAGCUUCGCGAACUUUUUCUUCACGAGUUGGCGACGUUGCAGCGCCAGCGUCGCCGGCGUGAGCGGACUGCGCAAGCUGAGCGCCAGCGAACUGCGGUCGUGCCUGAAGAGGACGUACAACACGGUGCGGGAUCGCGCGCCCAUCGCGCCGCCGCGACGCAUGAAGAACAUCGUGCGACCGCAUCUCAUCAACGAGCUAGGCAUACAUCACGUGGCCCGCUACGUCACGGCAUCCCCCUCCGCCACGAACAUCAAGCACGCUGCUUUGCGAGUGCCGCAGGACAUUGGAGUGCUAUAUCAUCACAGGUGGGCGAGAAACGGCGUAUCCAACGACAACGUCACUGACGCGGCGUUCUCUGAGUACGCAGAAGAACUAGUGACGCGCGUGAUGCAGCGUUUGAAUGAUGUUUGAGAUAACCUAGUGGCUCAUGAUGAUGGUGAUGAUGAUGAUGAUGAUGAUGAUGAUGAUGGUGAUGAUGAUGAUGAUGAUGAUGAUGAUGAUGAUGAUGAUGAUGAUAGCUCAUGCUGGAGUAAAUAGGGCAUCAGCAACUGUGUUGAUUUUGGCUUGUACAACAGGGCAGCUAAUUUCAGUAUGUCAUUUUCUUUGAAAUAGUCUUAACAGUAUUCGCGUGUGCCUGUGCGUGCGUGCGUG